AUGCUCGCCGCCAGGUUGCGCACAAGAGCCGCCACGAGAGCUGCCUCCUUUCCGCAUUCAAUUCAUAAACCACCAUUCCUCCUCGCUAGAUCCCGACCUGUAUUACCUGUUUCAUCAUUUGCGAUAGCGAGCGCCGCCGCCAUGUCUUCGGCGCCGGACGUAAAGGAGGUCAGGUUCGGGCCCUUUGUGGUUACGAAGCAGGUGAGUUUGCCGGGCUACGCGCAGGUCUUUUGCGUCACGCCCCUCUCCUUCGCGCUCGUCAACCUCAAGCCCAUCGUCCCGGGGCACGUCCUCGUGUGCCCCCUCGCCCCGCACCGGCGCCUGACGGAGCUCUCCCCCGCAGAGACGGCAGACCUGUUCACGACGGUGCAGCUCAUGCAGCGGGUCCUCGCGCGCGUCUACUUUACAGACCCGGACGCAGGCGGCGAGGAGGCGGACAAGGGCAAGGGCAAGGGCAAGCCCGCGGAGCCCUCGGCGGGGAGCUUCACCGUGGCGGUGCAGGACGGGCCGGACUCGGGGCAGACGGUGCCGCACGUGCACGUGCACGUCAUCCCGCGGACGAGGGGCGACCUGGGGGACGCCAUGGACGAGAUUUACGUGCGCAUGGCGGGCGAGGAGGGGAACGUGGGCGGCGCGCUGUGGGAUGUUACCGCGACGAGGCCGGUGCCGGGCGGGGGGAUGCCGCGAAUUGAGGACGUGGCGCGGAAUGUGCGCACGGAGGAGCAGAUGCAUGAGGAGGCGGAGAGGUAUAGGGCGGUUCUGCGGGAGAUGUACGAGGAGGAGAGGGGGGUUGAGCCGCCGCCGUUUGUGGCGGGGACGGGGACCAAGGCUGGGGUGUGA